GCCCGUUGAGGAGAGAGGAACCGUUGAGGAGAGAGUAUCCCGAUCGCCGCCCCUGUCCGGCGAGUGGCGGCUCACCGCCGACACAGAAAGACUCGCCCGGCUUAGGCGACCCCGCCGUGGGUCUUCCGGCGCGUUGACCACCCCCCCAAUCCGAUCACAGUUCUCCCUCACCGAUCUCUGUCCGGCGCGUGGCUGCGCACCGCCGCUUCAGACCGCCUCGCCGGGCUCAGGCGCCCUCGCCGAGGGUCCUCUGGCACGCUGAUCGGCUCUAAACUCCGGGCUAUGGCCAGUGACUGAACAGCAAGCCACUGCUCGUGCAAGGAACUGCUCGUGCUGGAACCGUUCGUGGGAGGGGCUACAUGGCGGACGUAGAGCCACCGGUGGCAGGUCGCCGCACCUUUGCUGAUGUCUUCGCAGCACCUCAACCAUUGCCUGAAGUGGAGGUUGUGCUUAGGCCACCGAAGAUAAUAGAAGGGGAAAUAUGCUUUAUUUUCUCUGCAGAGGAAACAGAGGCCACUGCAAGGCCAUUUCGAUUUUCCAUUGUUCUGAAGUUCCUCCGUCAGAGACCCUCACUUGACUCUAUAAGGUCUUUCAUCCGUAGUCGAUGGGGUUUAUCCUGCUGUCCUGUAGUCUCGGCAAUGCAAAAUUCUAGAAAUGUGUUCAUCAGGAUGUCGAAAGAAGAGGAUUUUAACAAAGCUCUGUCCAGAGAGUCAUGUGAGAUCAAUGGCGUCUGCUAUAGGCCUUUUGCAUGGUCUCCAGAUUACACAGAGGAAUAUGAGUCACCAUGCGUGCCUGUGUGGGUUUUCUUGCCUGGACUCCCCCCGCACUUUUACCAUGCUUCGGUAUUAAAAAUGAUAACGGCGCCGAUUGGAAAGUUCAUUCGGAGAGACAACCCGACCACAUGCGCUACAAGAACUGAUGGAGCAAGGAUUUGUUUAGAGGUCGAUGCCUCCCGAGAUCCAAUUACUCACUUCUGGCUUGGAUGUCCAGGACUACCUCACAGCAGGAGACAAGAAGUGGUCUAUGAAACAUUACCUGCUUACUGCUGCAAUUGCCACCAACAGGGCCAUAAUUCUAAGACAUGCCGCAUUGGUAAAGACCAUACCAAGAAAGGGACUGGGAACCAAGUCUGGGUCAAGAAAGGAUCUUCAGCAGAAUCCAAGACAGAACUAGAAGUUGGGAAAAAUCAGAUGGAUGAGAAUGAAGCAGGAGGGUCUUCGAAAAAUGAGAAUAAUACAGACAAUGGAACAGGGGGCCAACUAGUUUUUCAGGAGAAGGGAGGCGAACAAGAAAAAGUGCAGCAUGCCACACACAACCUGCAUGAAGUAGAAGAAGAAGAAGAAGAAGAAAGUAGCGAGCUUAAAGGGGCGAAUAGAGUUAAUAACCAGGAGUGUAGUGGAACAACAGGGCACACUGUAGCUACAGAUCAAGGUCAGGACAGCGUUGUGGUCCAAUUGAAUGAUGAUCUACCAGAGAAGUUUCCUGCCCCCUCCACACAAUCAAUAGAAGAGCAAGUUGUUGAGGACAUAGGGAAAGUUUUAAUUGAGCAAGAGAGCCUGCAAAUCGUUAAAUCUACAUAUCCCCUACCAGACCCACAAGAGGUUAGCACAGAAGCCAUUAAUCCAGUUGUGAGCGAAGUCACUGAGUCGGGCGAAGAAUGGGAGAAUCCUCUGAUAAGCCUAAAGAGGAAAUCGAAGAAGAAAAAGGCAAGAUCCUUAGCAGUCAGUGUUAAUGAGACGUUUAUGGUUGCGCAUGAAGAGGAAAGAAGGGAUGAGAUACUAUUUUCCCAUUCUGAUCACGAGAGUGAGAGAGACAAAAUCAAGGAUGAUAUGCGCAAGGAAUACUGCACAGACUCUGAGGGCUCCAACAACCCCAGAAAAACAGGCCAGAAAAGGGGCGCUACCAGAGUGGUAAUUCGUCCUUCCAAAUUUAAAUUAUGAUCAGUCCUAUUAUUUUUUGGAAUAUUAGAGGAGUAGGCACUUCUUAUAGGAGGUUGAGGAAAAUUAUUAAGCAAUUUAGCCCUAAUAUCAUAGCUUUAGCUGAGCCCUUUUUGUUAGAGGAUAGAAUCCCGUCAUUCUUAGGAAGAUUUAGUUGCAAUUGUUUUGUCACAAAUGAGGUGCAUGGUGGUAAAAUUUGGUUGAUGUGGAAUUCACUGGUUUCGAUACAGUGGGUGGCGGGGUCUAAUCAGUUUAUUACUGUGAAAGUAGAGGAGAAUGGUCAUACGUUUCUACUAUCUAUUAUAUAUGCAAAGUGCAACCGUAAUGAUAGAAGAGAGCUUUGGGCGGAUUUGGAAAAUAUGGGGACUGCCAGAAUUCCUUGGGUUCUCUGUGGGGACUUUAAUAUCAUUAAGGACGAAUCAGAAAGAAGAGGUUUUGGCGCGCUCUACUUCGGAUCACUCCCCGUUGGUUAUUCAAAUGGGGGAGAACUUAUUCAGGUAUGGUCCUAGUCCUUUCCGCUUUCAAUAUAUGUGGACUGAUCAUUUGGAUUUCUAUAGUUUUGUGGAUGGAGUGUGGAAACGUGAGGGCCUAGGGCACGGUUUAAUCAACCUUUCCUCUAAAUUAAAAAGGGUUAAGGUGGCUUUAAAAGAGUGGAAUAAGAGUGUUUUUGGUAGGACUAACAUCAUAAUCAAGGGUCUAGAGGCUCGUAUUGAUUAUCUGGAAAGCCGUCUUCAAGUCUCUUUUAAUGCCGAGGACGACUCUGACCUAUUAGCAUCCAAGUUGGAACUUUCAACUUGGUUGGGUAGAGAGGACACUAGGCUUGCUCAUAUGGCAAAGAAAAACUGGUUGAAAGAUGGGGACCAGAACUCUAAAUUCUUUCAUGCUUUCUUAAAGGCCAAACUGCAUAAAAGAGUUCAGGAGAUGAGUAUGUCAGAUGGUAGGGUCUUACAGUCCCCUCUUGACAUUCAUACAGCUGCUGUUGAUCAUUUUCAGGAAUUUCUGGGUCAGAGUAGUUCUCGUGUUCUUCCGAAUUUGAGUGACUUGAUCUCUCCCAUUAUUACUAAUGAGGAUAACUUGACUAUUGGUAGAGAUCCUUCCAUAGAGGAAGUAAAGGAUGCUCUAUUCUCUAUUCCCAUUGAUAGUAGCCCAGGGCCAGAUGGUUUUGGAUCAGGUUUUUUCAGAGUUUGUUGGGACUUGGUUAAAGAUGAUCUCCUUUCAGCCAUUGUUGAAUUUUUUCAUAGCCAUAUGCUCCCAAAAAAUUUCACUGCAUCUUAUAUUGUGCUAAUUCCGAAGGUGGAUAAGCCCUCUGGCUUUGAUAAAUUUCGGCCCAUUAGCCUUUGCUCCGUGGUCUACAAAAUUUGUUCAAAAAUCAUUGUGGCUCGUAUGACUAGUUUGCUCCCUAGAAUGAUAUCGAAGGAGCAAGGGGCUUUUAUUCCAGGCCGCAGUAUCUUUGAGAAUAUCAGCUUAACUCAGGAAAUGGUCCACUCUAUUCAUAGGAAAUCCAUUGGGGGCAAUGUUCUGGUUAAGCUUGACAUGUCUAAGGCUUAUGAUCGAGUAGACUGGAAUUUUUUAUUACAUGUUCUGUUUAGCUUUGGGUUCUCUCCUAAUGUUUGUGACCUGAUUAACUCUUGUAUAUCCUCACCGUGGUACUCUGUCAUGAUGAAUGGGACCCCCAUGGGUUUCUUUAAGGGAAAGCGAGGCCUAAGGCAAGGUGACCCCUUAUCGCCUUACCUUUU